AUCCGUAUCUGCAUUAACAAAGUUUAAGACAAUACACUCGAAAUUUCGGAGAAGGGUUUUAAGCUUUUAAUCGAUUAAUCACGUUUUACCCUAAAACCCUAAACUCAAACAUGGAUGAAGGUGGUGCUAAACCAGUGUGCGCUCAAGAAGCUCUCGAUCUGUUGAAUUGUGUAACUCAAUCUUCAUCUUUCGAUCAAGAUAAAUGCCUCAAGCUUUUAAAUUCGUUGCGCGAGUGCGUACUCGCCAAGAUGGCAAUCGACUCUGGUGUGAAAUUCGAAGUGGAAAGGUUCGACGGAACGGGCAAUUUUAGAUUAUGGGAAAGGAGGGUUAAGGAUCUGUUGGCUCAACAAGGUUUACAGAAGGCACUGCGUGAGACGAAACCGACAGACAUGGCUGAUGAUGAUUGGUUAGAGCUGCAGGAGAAGGCCGCAGGGUUGAUACGUCUAUGUGUAUCAGAUGAGGUGAUGUAUCAUAUCCUAGAUUUAACGUCUCCGAAGGAGGUUUUGGAUAAACUGGAGAGUCAGUAUAUAUCCAAGACGCGAAUGAACAGAUUGUUCACAAAGAUGCGACUAUACAGUUUGAAGAUGCGGGAAGGAUCUGAUUUGCAACAACAUGUCAAUACCUUCAAUAACAUAAUCACCGAACUUGUGAAGCUUGGGGUAAAGAUCGAUGAUGAGGAUAGUGCAAUUAUGUUGUUAUGCUCGUUACCAAGCUCUUACAAGCACUUGGUGAAUACUCUUAUCUAUGGGAAAGACACUAUCAGUCUCAAUGUAAUUACUGCUACACUCUUGUCUCAUUCUCGAAUGAGCCAGAAUGUAGAGGUAGGAACUCAAGGUAAAGGUCUGUAUGUGAAGGAGAGCCAAGAUCAUGGGCAGAUUAAAGGUAAAGCAGGUUCUGGAAAGAUGUCUAAAUCCAAGAACAGAAAAAUAGCAGAGUGCUAUAGUUGCAAACAGAUCGGACAUUGGAAGAGAGAUUGUCCCCUACGAAAGUGAAGAAAUUUUCCCUAGCUGGGCAGGAACAACAGGAAACUAAUACGAGCGACAAGAAGGCUUAAUUAUGCAUUGGUAUCACAGCUUUCCUCGUCCUAUUUAAUUCAUAGUUUCAUGUAUCAUCAACUCCCAUUAACCACAGGUUUUACCAUUUGAUCUCAGUUUUGAUGUGCAGAAACUGUAUACUUUCACACAGUAUAUCCCCAAAUAAUUCUGAUUUUAAUAAUUUUUGGAUAAUUUUGGAAGGUGAAAUCAAUGGCAUGCAGUUUUCAUA